AUGGAAGAAUGGACGGUGGCCCCAACAUGCGUACGGAGGGACAUCCGAAAUGGAAGAUGGAAAAGCAGGUUAACACAGUGUCGAGUGCUCAAAGAUUUACUCAUUUCACCAAUCGCGAUCGUGAGCAUGUGGAAACUGAUGUGUACGGGUGAUGGUGUAGAAGCGGCAUUAGAAAAGAUGGCUGACCGACAUUUCCAAUCACCCGCAGAGAUACGAAAUUUUGAAAAUACUCCGGAUGCAACUGCAAACAAGCUGUAUGAGCUCACACCAACAUGA